UACUGUGGGGAUGUACUAUAAAUGCGAAUGGUGAAUGCUGGAUCCGUGCAGAUUCUCAAUUCGUUGUCCUUCGUGAAGCAAUCUCGGGAAACGAGAACACAGUGAUCUUGUCUAACUUCCCAAGCCGACUUACUCUCCAAGAAAACGAUCGAGGAAAAUCGUUUUAACGAUCCACAAGCAUUUUUUCUCUGUCUCUAUCGUUUGGAUAAUAAACAAGGGAGAUGAAUGUGAUCCUUGUUGUUGCCGUCACAAUUCUUGCUGUUGUUUCAUCAGAACCAAUUGGCGACAGGCGGACGAGGGAUGUGAAAGAUAUUCUAACCGAUGGAUCAAGUGAUGAGAGGAAUUCAUCUCAUUCGUUGAAUGAAAAUGAAUCCGAGGAUUAUGAUCAGAACAAUGGACUGGAUGCUGUGCCUGGUGUUCCUGGCAAGGAUUAUCCGAAUUUCAAUUUUAUUCCGAAAACAUCCUUCACGUGUUCUGAUAAGAAACCUGGUGGUUAUUAUGCUGACAUUGAAACACGCUGUCAGGUUUUCCACGUUUGUAACGUGGGAGAUGUGAAGAGUUCCUUUCUAUGUCCACCAGGAAGUAUUUUUAAUCAAAAAUAUUUAGUUUGCGAUUGGUGGUACGAUUUUGAAUGUGAGCACGCGAGUGAUCUUUUUUCCUUCAAAGAAACUGUGAAUCGUGAACGAACUGAGACAAAUGUCAAUAACGGAGACAAUCAAUUUUACACGAACAAUGAAAAUUCACAAUUAAAUCCCAGACAACAAUUUUCAUCAUAUCAAGAAAAUAAUUCCGUGAAUGAUGCGACUGACUUGUCACUCGCCGGCACUGGUGAAGGUGGUCUUGGCUAUUCGAGAAAUAAAUCGAGUCGACAAUUUGAAAAAUCAUCAAAUUCACAAAAAUCUUCGAACCAAAUUGAACAGAAUCAAAAUUUAACGAAGCAAUUUCCGAAAAUAUCGACUCCCGUCAAUAAUGGAAAUAAUCAUUUUCAACAGUCGAGCGAGAAUUUUAAUGAGCAAAAAAGCAGAAAUCAAUUGAAUUUCAGAAAUUAUCAAAAUUUUAAUAAGGAAAAAUUUAAAACUGAAAAUAGAAAUUUUAAUCGAGAAAACCGAAGGAAUAAUCAAAAUGAAAAUUAUAAUUAUCAACAGAGUGAAAAUGAAAACUAUUAUCAAAAUGAAAAUAGUAGAAGAAAUCAAAAUGCAAAUUAUGAUCGAAACUAUCAAAAAAACUAUCAAAAUGGAAAUAAUGAAAGAAAUUAUCAAAAUGGAAAUUCAAAUUAUCAAAAUACAAAAACAAAUUCUCAAACAACAAAAACAAAUUUUCAUUCAAAUGAAAAUAAAAAUCCAAAUGAAAAUGUAUUGAAAAAUGUUGAUAAUAAAGAAGAUUUAUUGCCAAGAGGUUUUGCCGUAAAUUACGGUAAGAAUACAAAUUCGAAAAAUCAAAUUCCCCCGAAUAAUAAACAAAAUUUCCCCGAAUCGAAAAAUAUUUUCACGACCCCAUCAAUUAUUAAUUAUCUCCGCAAAGACGAAUCAAAUUUCCAACCAGAAGAAAUUUACACAAAUCCUUACGAAUCAACAGAAAAUUUGCGAAAUCAAGAAAGUGAAGUGCAAGACGACGAGACUAUUUUUACCAUCGACGAGGAGGACGCCUUCGAAAGGCAAAGACAAUCCGAAGUUGAUAAUACAAUUCUAAAUAAAAAAUUUAACAACAAUUUUGAAAGUACCGACGAAUUUAAUUUCGAUUAUGAUACGGAAUCAAGAAUAUUGUCCUCCGAGAGGCCACCAAUUUUUGAAAAUAAUAAUAAUAAUAAUUACAACAGUGACAAUAAUAAUUACAAUAAUAACAAUAAUAAUUACAAUGACAAAAACAAUAAUUACAAUAAUAACAAUGACAAAAACAAUAAUUACAAUAAUAACAAUUAUUACAAUGAAAAAUCGAAUUCACAUUUUUCAAGCAACGUCAAUUUGAAAGCAGAGGAAAAUUCGGCGAAUAAGUAUCGAACUGAAAGUACUAAUGGAGGGAAUUCACAUCGGACAAUAAAUGACCGGAAACUUGAUAAUAAUUUACGUCCACUGCCACCAAAUUUUUCAACUGGAAAUUCGAAUCUAAAAGGAAUUGCGAACAAAGAAACGGCCCAUAAUUCUGGCAUAAUACCAAAUUCGGAGGACAAUGGAUUCUUUUCAUUGGGAAUACAAACAUCGACGACUGCCUCAAGAUCAUUUAGUCAAAUUAAUGAAUUUCCAAGUUCUGUCAAUAAUAAUAAUAAUAAUAAUUCGAGGCUAACGAAUGAGAAAAAAACACAAUUUCGAUCGAGUCAAAAUUAUGAUAAUCAACCAGAAAAUGCGUACGAUUUUAAUGCGCAAAAUAAUUAUGGAACAUUUUCCAAUUAUGAAAUUACGAAUCAAUCGCAAACGAAAGAAUAUUAG